CAUUUGUUAUCAAAAAUAACGGAAAUUAAACAAGAAAAUUGAAGAAAAUUAUUAUCGUCGUUUAUCGUCAUACGUUAUGUUUCUCUAUUUUCAAUAAAAUGGCUAAAAAUCAAACAGAAAAUGAAGAUUUUGAAGAGGCAAACACUAUUACUUGCGAAUUGGAAUCAGACACUACCGUUUGCCAGCUACCGUGGGGAGCAGUGGUGGAAAAGUGGGACUUUCCCGAAAAUAUUCAAAUCUCGCCUCACACCAAACCCGGGGAGUUUGUGUUGCAAACUUUGUUCGGAGAGUACACUAUAUUAGCUCAAAGACGCGUAGAGGCCGUUUUCCAGCCACCUUCUCGGCGGGAACUACCUCUCCAUAAAAUCUUAAUGAGAGGACAACACGGCUUGGAAGACAUUCAAUUUGAGCAAAUUCUUGUCUCUUUUGGAUCUUUAGCAGAGCAUUGUCUUCCUUCGCUAACAUAUUCUAUUCUUCGAUGGCACCAAAAACAAAAUCCCAAUAGUUUGGUUCAUAAAACCACACUUGUUAAACAAAGAGACGAGAAAGAAUCCAAUUUCGACGCUCAACUGCGUAGAAAUGUAAAAGUUUUAAAACAAUUACCAUUACAUCCCGGUCACAACACUAACGUCAAUGAUAUUCUAAGUCAGGCAUUUAGAUGGUUCAAGCUAUAUGAAGGAGCCCAACUACAAUCUCAGGCCAACGCCAACAACUAUUUUUACAUGGCUGAUUUAUUUGCUGAGCUUGUUGGUGUUAUAGCUCAAUCAAGAUUUGAUGCCGUCAUCAGUCGCUUUUUAACUGAAUGGAAAGAACUGAAUAAGGAACCAAAACCGGCAUCAUUCAUUAAAUUGGCUAUCUCUUUAUUAAGAGGACUGAAAUUUUUCAGAGUAAAGAUGCAUCCUAUUGAAGAUUUUGUUGCAUGUUGUCAAUUUUUACAAGAAAUAGGAAAAAUGUUUCUUGAGGCUAAAGAGAAAGAAGUUAAGCAUGGAAUAGCGGGUUUACUAAGUGAAAUUCUUAUACACGUAGCCGCAGCUGUAAAGAAUGAAGUAAACUUUAAUGUUCCUGCACUACAACAAUUUGUAGAAUUACUGUAUAAUAAUACACUUGAUUUAUGUGCAAAGAGGAAACACGUUUUGCAAUUAUGCCCAAUGCUGACUUGUAUACUUUGUAUAAGUAAAAAACAAGUAUUUUUAAAUAAUCUACCACCAGUGCUAUCUAUGAUUCUACAACAUUUAAAAAAUAGAGAUGAAAAGAUAUCCCGUAUGGCUUUGGAAAGUUUAGUUAGAUUAUUAUGGGUUUACGUUAUUAGAAUAAAAUGUGAGAGCAACCAAGCGACUGCGAGCAGAUUACAAUCAAUAAUUCAUAGUCUCUUUCCGAAAGGCUCUCGUAUUGUAACGCCCCGUGACGCUCCGCCAAUUCUCUUCGCUCGCAUCAUUCAAUUUAUAGCCCAAUAUCGUAUCGACUUCGCUGUGGGCGAAGUGAUUUACGACCUUCUAAGUGUUGGAAAGGGUUCGAAGACAACCCUUAUGCCAGAAAGGAUGAUAAUAGGUCUGCGUGCAUUUCUAUACAUAACUGAUGACUUGGAGCAGAAAGAUGAACCUCAAAUGCCUACAACAACUGCUGUAUUUCCCUCGGGUCACACUAUGAAAAUUAAGAAGACUCUUUUAAUACAAAGUAUGUCAGAGGAGACUAUGAGAAGUAUAGGUAUUGUACAAUACUUUUCAAAAGUACGAUCGGCUUAUGGUUCAAUAUUAAAAUUACUUGAUCAACAAAUUGGGAAACCGUGCCUAAGAACAAAAGGAGAUGUAGAAUUUGCGGGAGAUAGAAAGCAAAAAGUGGAAUUUUUUAGAAAUUGUGUACGAAUUAUUCCAAGAUUACUCCCGAUCGAUUUUCAAUUUAACGAAUUAGUUGUACUAUUGAGUCGUUUAACUGUUCACGCCGACGAUGAACUUGCAAAGGGUGCGUGCAACGUUUUGGGAAUAUUAAUUAUGGAACAUACGUGCAAUAGUCACAUUGUAAUAGAAGAAUUUCUUCACUUCAUUGAAUCAGAAUUGACUGAUUCUUUUACUAAUCUUGUCGAAAUUUCUGUUAAGCGACUUAUCGAUCCGCUUUUGAAAAACUGGGUAAAGAGUAUAGAAAAACAGACAGCAUCUUCUAGGCCACCUACUUUGGAGAGAAAGGAAAAUGGCCAAAUUUAUCCGGAAAAAGAUGCUCUGCUGGUGAAGGAUCAACUUAAGGUUUUAAGGAAAGUUGACGGAUUUGCUCUUAUUCUAUUAUGUAGUCAAAAUCCUCACAUUAAGAAAGGAGCCGUUGCCGUGUUAAAAGAAAUCAGGCAUAUUAUGGAUUUAUUAGAGAUUCGAAAUGUUGGGGAACCUUGCGUGCUCGAUGUCGUAGAAAGCUCCUGCUCGACUAUUAUCGAAAAGCUUCUAUCUCAUUCGGUUCUACCAAACCCAGAAAGGAAUUACUUAGAAAAUACAACAAAUAUUGAUUUUGCUGGUAUUCUAGACAGGACUUGCGUAGUAUGGACAAAUUACGCCAAGUUCGAGACGAAACAGUAUUUAGGAAUGCCGUCCAUACUAUCUAGGACAAGCUUCGAGCCGUAUAUUGAAGUAUUAUCAAUUAUAAUGAGAAAAGAGUUUGUACUGGGUAAAUGCGAAACUGCAGUAUCUUAUGCUUGGCCUCUUCUUCAUUCGAGAUUACAGUAUAUUUUCCAGCAGCAUGUCGAUCCAAAUUUAUUAGUGAAUGAAGGUAGAAUUCUUGGAACUGUAAGAGGACCUUCAGCCGACGUUAAAAAAAUUAGAACUUCAGAAAGAGAUUAUUACAUGAAAUUAUGGCAAAAUUAUAUAACUAUGGCAUGUUGUUUGGCCCCACCGUUCUUACAUUCGAGAUUUGCUUCACCCGAACGCGGAAAUGCUUCUCCAGAAAGUUCAGGAUCAGAGAAGAGCGAGAAAUUUACCAGAAACGACUGCUCUGCUAAAGAUUUAUUCAAAUUAUUAGUUCCACUAUUAAAAAGUGAAGGCAUUGAUAUGAAAGAAUCGGUUGUAGUUAGUCUUGGUCAUUGUAGUGCUGAUGCUUUGGGGAAUUUAAUUAGUGAAUUGAAACCGCUAAUGAGAGAAGCUUGUACAAUAAAGAAAACUGAGAGACAAACGGCAAGAAAGCGACGAGAUUCGCUUCGUUUGUGUCUUAUGCAAAUAUUUCAAUAUAUUGCCGAGCACGGCCAUUUCGUUGAAUGCGAUGAAAGUCUUAUGGAUUUUAUGAGAGACUCUUUGCGAUUCCUAGAGUCUGAUGGCGAUAAGGAUACAACGCAAGAGAUUCGAGUUCAUUUUUGUCUAUUUGUACGCUACUUGAUAGCUAAUACGGCAUUGGAUCGUCGAACCAACUUCUUACCAGCUGAUCUUCACCGCGAUUUAUAUAAAACUCUAAGAUCGUGGAGCGGCUCUCUAGGAACGGACAAUAUUAAUAAGUCGGUUGAAUAUAGUGAAUUAGAAUUAGCCGCCGUUCAAGCGAUGGCAAAUGUACUCUGUUGCGGUACAAUCUUUAACAAAGACCUUUUGAACGAGGGAAGUAACUGUAACAUUUAUUUCUGGUUAAAUUCUUUGCUGGAUCAUCAAAAUGAAAAGAUUUUCGGCCUAGCUCAAGAGACUUUAAUCUUGCUUAUGGAAUUUAAUCAAGAUAUACCAGGUAUCUUGGAUUGGAUCAUUGAAAGAUGUUAUGAAUCAAAUUCUGUGGAGGUGUCGGAACUAUGUUUUGAGUGUUUAACGACUGUCUUUAGCAGUAGGGAAUAUCCUUGUUUCCAUAUUGCAGUACUAAAUGUUGCCUUGUUGAAUUUGGGUUCGGCUAGGAUAAGAAUAAGGGAGAUGGCAUUGCAGUUGUUCCAUUUAUUGUAUAAAAGAUUUUAUGAGGAAGAAGUUGCCAAUUCAAAUUAUUAUAAAGAAAAGAUAAAAAAGAAUUACGAAGAAACUUUGUUCGUUGGCCCUUUCUCACAAAUGAACGCUUCCCAAACCUUAGCUUAUUUGCUACCUGAUUUAACGCUGUCCAUUUUUAGUGAGAUAACUCAAAGAGUUCCCAAUGCAAGAUCAUCUGUCCGAAGAUCGUUAUUACAAUACGUUCUCCCAUGGCUGCACAAUUUAGAACUUGUAGAUCCUAACUUACCAGAUCCGAUAAAUUUGAACGACGACAAACAAGAUUCUGAAUUUGAAAGAUCUUUUCUUAAGGGAGAGGGUUGGGGUUCACCGGAGGCUACUCAGCUAGUAUUAAAUAAUUUGUUUCAUAUUACUGCCGAAUUUGGCGAUCGGUAUCCUCACGAAAUGGAAGACUUAUGGGCUGCUCUAGUCAGAUAUUGGCCUGGUAAUUUGCGUGUCAUAGUAAGAUAUAUUAUUAUUUUGAUGGGUAUGGCUCCAGUAAGAUUACUCACUCACGCUAAAAGAAUAAUUGUCUAUUUGGGACGGGCUAGACCAGAGAAGUUAGUGGACGAAAUGAUGAAUGAACUCGGGAUAAUUGAAGCGUUAACGUUCAAUGUCGAACGUACUCAAACACCUCCUUUCUUUCGUUUAACAAACGCUACUAAAAGAUCUAAUUCUAACAUUUUAGAAAUAAGUAAACAAGAAUUUAUAACAGAAUCAAAUAUUUCAUCAGUGACAAGGCCAAGAUAUCAUGUUGAUGAGGGAUCGGGAGAAACAACGUUAAGGCUAUCUUUAUCGGAAGCUACAACGAGAACUGGUUCGACGGUGUCAUUAAAGAGUGAUGUUUCAGCCGUUUCAAUGGCCACACUAAGAACAAAUAUUGAUUCAACUAUCAAUUUAGAGGAAGAAAGUCGUGAAUCCACUUCACCAAAGGAAGAGGAACCUCACCCACUUCCCAUGCCCGCUUAUGGUGGAUAUUACGCUCAGCUAUCAAAAUAUUUACCAAACAGCAGUGAAAGUCUGCCUUCUCCACCUUAUCAUAGAUGUAAUCUAGCCGUUAUGCUAGUUACUGAUUUAGUUAUCGAUGGAUUACCAGUCGAUUGGAGCGUCCACUUGCACCUUAUGUUGCAUAUAAUUAUGCUUGGCAUGGACAACAACAAACCAAUAAUACACGAACAUUGUAAAAAAUUAUUGAUUAAUCUUCUAUUAAUCAUGACAUCCAAGUCUGAUUUAUGUUCGGUUGCUAGAAUAAUUUUAUCAAAUUCAAAUAGCCGAAUUCCAACUUAUCUAUCAAAACCCGGGAUAAAUGACAAGGAAUAUUCGUUUUUAGAAUUUCCUCAAGAUAUAGAGAGAGACGAAGAGCAAGUUGAAGAGACAGAAUUUGAUCAGGACGAUUUCGGUACAAUUAUACCGUCGUCAAUAAGGCAGUCUACAUUGAGCGUUGUAAGCGCUGCAACUAUUACACCAGAGAAUGCAUUGGAUGAAACGCCUAGGAAUGGUAAUUCCAACUCGUUAAAUAUACCUAAUGUUUGUGAAGAAAGUCGAGAUCUUAUUCAAUAUUUAAUGACUCGGAAAAAGCGUCCUUUAUGGGCGUACGAGGAUAUAACGGCUAAAAUGCAUUUAAUUCGCAGUUCCAGUCAAUUACAGGCAUUUUUACGUCAUGUCGUUCAUAUAUUUAAUUGUUGUGUACCUGCCGCUCAUGUCGAAGAACGUUGGGCUGAAUUAGCUUUGCAGAAAGCUCUAUCCUGCCCCUCAAGACAUUUGGCUGGAAGGAGUUUUCAAAUAUUACGUUCGUUACACGUUCAAGUAACUUCGAAUUGGAUAGCGGAUAUGCUUAAUCGUCUUAUUGACACUGUUGGAGACGGGGGUGACGAGAUGCAAGGUUACGUCAUUGAGAUUAUGCUAACACUUAUCAACUUUGUCAACACUGUAAAUUUGGAACAGAGAGGAAUCGCAAAGGAAUUAUUUAUGUCAACACCGAAUUUAAAUAAAGAUUUACCAAGGGAUACAAAUCACGAGAAAUCGGAAACUGUCGCUAUUAGGCGACCUGCUAUACAACAUAAUCAUAGUAAAAGCUGUACUAUAUCAGCUAGAAGAGCUAUCAUAUCAGCACCACCCGGUUCUGACUUGCAAUGGAGUAAAGCCAGUCAAGAGAAGAAAAAAUCUAAUCGGGUCAGUCAACACGAACCCGAUAUGAGGCAAAAUGAACAAAAUAUGCAUAGGUGUAAAAGUGCUCAAGCUUUGCAAACUUUACACGAUGCUGCGUCGGAAGAUAAAUUGACUAUUGUUGUUCAAAUUUUCUGGAUUGCAGUUUCGAUGCUAGAAUCGGAUCUUGAACAUGAAUUUCUACUUGCGGCAAGACUUUUAGACGAAGUUUUGGAGCAUAUUAAAUUUGAUCAUAUAGAAUGUCGUGAGAAGUUGGAUAAAGUAUUACAACAAUUAAAGUGGACAACCUAUCCAGGAGUUCAAGCACUCUUGCUAAAAGGUUGCACUUUACAAAAUAGCGGAGCUGAUAUCACCUGGAAAUUAUUACCAAAAUUAACGGAGCAUGUAUCGUAUGAAGUUGUUGUUGCUGAUCCUUUACAAACGUCCGGAUUUGCUUUAAAUAUUAUUGCGCAAUUACCCCAAUUAGUUUGUCAUUACGAAGACCCACCGCCUUCUUGUAUUACUGCUGCCGAAAUUAUAUCAAAAGAGUGCCUAAGGCAAAGCGACAAACUAGAACAUCUCGCAACUGUAAUGACUCUAUAUAGUAGGGGAACUUUUUCGAGAGAUAGUCUUCAAUGGACCAAAUGCGUUUUGAAAUAUCUUUAUGAUGUUUAUUCCCAUGUAGGAUCAAACAUGGUCAUAUUACUCGUAGAGAUGUUAUGCAAGGGUCCGCUAUACUUGCAACAAUCUGUAUUGCAGAUACUGCAGUGUAUUGUUCAUUUUACCGAUUUGUCAUCGAAUUCUAAUUCAAUUGAUUCUCAUUUAUUAAAAAUUCUUUGCAAGUUUGUCGAAGAACCUAACUGGAAAGAAUCGUUGAAAAUAUUGAAUUUAUGCGUGAAAAAAUCUUCUAUCUUACAUACUCCCGAAAACACUUAUUCACCCUCGGGUUCUAAAAAGGAACUUCCCGGUAGAACUAUGGAUUUCGAUUUCUAUAUCGACCAAAUUCCGGUUAUUGAUUUCGCUAAAAGAAAAGUGGAAAUAGCUGAAAAUUCAGCUCAAGCAGUUCAAUCUCCGUCGCCUCCAGAGAAAAAGAGUAGAGAACGUCUUAUUGCACUGUCAACUUCCUACGGACAUCAAAGGGCAGCCCUACCCAAGAGUCCGUCUGUAAUUUUCAGUCAGUCCUCUGAUAAUAACGAGAAAUUGGCAAGUAUUUGCUCCAGUAGCGAAGCCUCCUCACAAGUUGAAGGUGAGAGAAAAGAUGAUGCUAGUAGUAACGACUACGGUAGUGUAUUCCGGAGUUUCCAAUUCCUGGAAGAUGAAUCCGAUAGUCAAGAUGAUAAACAGUGGAAUUGGGGUAUGAGUAAAUCUGUGGAUGAUGACCUAGAUAAUUUACACAAUAAGAGUCUAACUGAUGCGACAACUUCCGAAAGUUACAAAGACGAUAGUUCUGAUGACGAUAAUCAAUCGGCAACAAUAGCGGCUGAGGACCUGGGUGCUUGCUCACAAAUAUCUCUACCAAAUACUGGGUUAGAUAGCAAUGAAGAUCAUAGAAGCAUGGCAUCGUCACCCGACCCUGAAAGCUCAACUAGCGAUGAUCAGAUGGAUAGUUCACGAGCAGUCUCUCCACUCUCUAUUGAUAUUUUACCGACUCUUGGCAGUUUUCAUUCCCUGGACAUUGGUGAAUCGGAAGCGCAAUGGAAAGUCCAUGUAAAUUCUCUAAUCUCCGAUGCCACGGGCGCAAGAGCCAUGUAUACUCAUCAGCUAUUUGCAAGAUUGUUUUUUGAAUUGUGUUUAAAUCUAUAUCAUAUAACGAGGGAAGCUUGUCAUGAAAUAGCCAAAUGUGAUUCCUGCAGAACAAUUGCUGAAUGCUUAACCUCCUUGCAAGAAAUGGAAAAAGAUGAACUGGAAUGCCCUUUCGUUUUUGUUGAUCCUGAGACGUUAAUAAAAUCCAAAUUUCUACAAAAACACAAAUAUGGAAUGUUGGAAUUGUCGGAAAAUUUCGAUACAUACCUACUUCAUUUAGAACAGGCAAGCAAAUCUUACGAUAAGAUAAAGAGGGCUGACGAAUCCGAUUUGGACGAUUUAAGAUAUUCAUGCGCUAAACACUUUUACAAAGUUCAUUUUCAAUUAAUUCAAUUAUACGAAGGAUAUUUAAAAUUUAUUAGAUCUUUUUCAACUCUGAAAAAGGCAUCUCACAUUGUCGAUAUGAGUGAUGAAAUAAGAAGAUUAAGAAUUUCGUUGAAAGAAGCGUCGAAGUGUGAAAAAGAGGAGAGAAAUUUAGAGUUGAAUAUUUCGGCUAAAGAAGCUAGAAGAAUUAUUGUAGAGCAUAUUAAUGAUGGUCGUUACGCCUUAGCUAUUCAAUUCCAUAGGCAAUGUAAAUCGAUUUUUAAACCGAUUUAUGAUGAAGAAGUUGACGAUUUAGCCUUAAUCUAUUGCAAUCAAACAUCAGACAACAAACCAGGAGUUUUGGUUGUGAUUGAUAGAGAAUUACAGGAAGAUAACGAUUUACAAGGUAAACUAAUGGAUUUGAGAUUACAGUUGCAACUCUCUAAUUGGACUGGAUCUUCAAGAAACCCUUCAAUGCAAAACUUGAAUAUUUAG